AUGAUUGAAAUCGAGAGAUUGCAUUACACAAGUAAGCAGCAGAAAGUCCUAAGGUGCGAGACUUAUGAUAAUUUACGCAAUGUACAAGAGCAAGGAGAGUCGGAUGCUUCAAACAUUGGGAAACGUGUUAUAUUACCUUCUUCUUUCAUCGGUGGUGCUCGGUACAUGAUGCAAAAUUAUUUGGAUGCAAUGUCCCUUUGUAAAUGGUAUGGAUAUCCAGACUUAUUCUUAACCAUGACAUGUAAUCCUAAAUGGCCAGAAAUUAGAAGAUUUGUUAAAGACACCGGGCUAAAUCCAGAAGACAGGCCUGACAUUCUUUGUCAUUUAUUUAAGAUCAAGUUUGAUGCACUUAUUAAAGAAUUGAAAGACAAUGAAUUAUUCGGCAAAAUUCAAGCAGUUGUUUAUACAAUUGAAUUUCAAAAGCGUGGGUUGCCUCACAGUCAUAUAUGUCUGUUUAUGCACUCUGAUUUUAAGCUACUUACUAUUGAACAAAUUUAUCCUAUUAUCUCAGCUGGGAUCCCAGACAAAAACAAAGAUCCAGAUUUACGAGAUGACGGACGUUUUAUUGAGAAAUCAGGUGUUAAACUAGACAACAAAAAUGUCGUUCCAUAUAACAAACAUCUGUUGAAAAGAUAUCAAGCAUACAUUAAUGUUGAGUGGUGCAAUCAGACUUCUUCAAUCAAAUAUUUGUUCAAAUAUAUCAACAAAGGUCCAGAUAAAGCUAUUGCUGCAAUUGUAGAAAACAGUAAUGAUGAGGUUACUAUUAAUGAUGUUGAUGAGAUAAAGGAAUAUUAUGAUUGUAGAUAUCUUUUGGCAUGUGAAGCUUCAUGGAGUAUUUUUGGGUACGAUGUUCAUUAUAGGACUCCUUCUGUUUUAAGGCUUCCUUUCCAUCUUCCAGGACAACAACAAAUGGUAUUUGGUGAUGAAGAUGAUAUUGAAAAUGUCCUAAACAGACCAUAUGUGGCGUCCUCAAUGUUCUUAACUUGGAUGAAUUGUAAUCAAAUUUAUCAAGAAGCACGAGAACUCACUUACGUUGAAAUCCCUACAAAGUUUGUGUGGAAAUUGGAAGAGCGACGUUGGGAUCGAAGGAAAAAAGGCUUCUCAAUUGGACGAAUUCAUUUAGUUUCUCCUACUCUAGGAGAAGCAUAUUAUUUAAGAAUUCUUUUGAAUAAAGUGAAAGGUCCUAAAUCAUUCCAAGACAUUCGUACAGUAAAUGGAAAUAUAUUUCUUACUUUUAGAGAUGCAUGUUAUGCUCUUGGGAUUUUAGACGAUGAUAAGGAAUAUAUUGAUGCCAUUGAAGAAGCAAAUUUAACCGUAUCUGAUUUAUCCCUCAAUGAAGAACAAGUGAAGAACCUAACAUUGUUUGAAAUUAAAAAGAUUUUACUCUGUAACAAUUCCACCCUGAGAAACUUCACCACUAUGCCUUAUCCUGAUAAUGAUUGUCUUGAAUCUUCAAACAAUCUUUUGAUUACGGAAGAGCUAGAUUAUAACCAUCAUAAUUUACGUGAUGAGUUUCAAAAGCUUGUAACUGCUCUAACAAAUGAGCAAAGAGGUGUUUAUGAUGAAAUCAUAACCGUUGUUGAAAAGAACAAAGGUGGUAUUUUUUUUGUUUAUGGGCAUGGCGGAACAGGUAAAACAUUCAUAUGGAAGACAUUGGCUGCAUCAAUAAGAUCUAAAGGAGAAAUUGUUUUAAAUGUCGCUUCUAGUGGUACUGCUUCUUUACUUCUUACUGGUGGCAGGAUGGCACACUCUCGCAUUCAAAUCCCUCUCAUUAGCAAUGAAGAUUCUCUUUGUCACAUAAAGCCAGAGAGUGAUGUUGCGAAGUUAAUAAAAAAAGACUAUUUUGAUACUAUGGGAUGA